CGUAGAGUUGCGGAUACAGGAGCCGAAGAAGAGGGGUUGCGUUGAGGUAUGAAGAUGCACAUUGAAGACCACUUGCAUGGCAGCAUAGUGUCGCUCAUGCGGAGCCGUACAUUGGAACAGAGACAAAGUUGUAGGCAGGUACCAUGAAGCCAAGGGAACAGAGGAACAGUUUGAGUGACAGAAUUUUUUCGUCAGCCUCAUGCGAAAGAUUUCAAAAUUUUGAUCCAUUUACCCAGUGUAGCUGGCUUCUUUAACAUUCUGCCCAAGCGCCAUCGGCUUCUUGUGCUCUUGUCGCACAACAAGUCUUGUUGGGACGGGACCCAGUGGAGUCAAGACAGGACCAAGCACAAGAUCUGCCCAGACUGCCAACUUUGGCCUUUUGAAGGAUGAAGGUGGUUGUUUAGAGUCCUCACAAAUCAAUUUCAAGCUAAACACAAAGCAAAACAACAAAACAAAACAACAAAACACAAAGCAAAAUGUUCACCGCCAGUAUGAAAUCCACCAUGAUGGCUGCCUUCCUUGCCCUCUCCAGUUCCAGUUGCUCUGCUGCACUCAGGGGCGCUGAAAGAAAUCUAAACCAGUUCAACCCAAACAUCCAGUAUGCCAACCCAGCCCUUGGCCCCAGGAUCAACUGUGACCAGGAGCUUGCUAUGGAAAUUACUUGCAGGGAUUGUGACUUUGACGCCAACACUGCAAGAACUGGUGUGGACCAAACAGAAGCCACCCUGGAUGUCAAAGUCAGAACAUUGACCAACAAAAGCUGGCAGUUGAAGAGAAGUACUAUUUCCACCAACUUUCCUGUUUUUGAGGACAUGCGUGUCAUGGGAACUGCUCGUAAUGCAGCCCCUUCCACCCCCAUCCACAAUUCCUGGUCUCAGGAAAUCAGUACCGUUGAAGAUCCCAAGCGCAUCACUGUGCUAGCCACUGCCACCUUGGAGGACCAGGAUUCUGGUUUCGAAUGCGUCAUCAGCCAGGUUUUCGACUCUCUGGUGGCUCCUUUCAAUACAGUUGUGGCUGCACCUUCUCACAAUGGCAUGGUGGGGGGUCCUUCGGAUAUGAACCCCUAAGGAAGACUGCGACUCAGGAGCAGCUGUGAAUGCGCAUGGGUAGAAACAGUAACUAGAAAUAGAAUAGAACAAGACAAAAGAAGUUACGAUGCAUGCUAUAGUGUGUGUUG